AUGUCUAACAAGAAACGGUCAUCCCCUCCCGGUAUUACACUAGUAGCUGGUGGCACUGCUGGACUUUUUGAAGCAUUAUGCUGUCACCCAUUGGAUACUAUUAAGGUUAGAAUGCAAAUUUACCGCAAAGCGGCGCACGGAGCUGCUAAGGCGCCUGGCUUUAUUAGUACUGCUUCUAAUAUCUACGGAGAAGGCAUUAUGUCUUUUUAUAGCGGUUUAGGGGCCGUCGUGAUUGGCAUUAUCCCUAAAAUGGCCAUUAGAUUUAGUUCGUAUGAGUUUUAUCGGAACCUCUUGGAAAACAAGGAGACAGGGGUGGUUUCCACUGGAAACACAUUCAUUGCUGGUGUUGGCGCUGGGGUUACGGAGUCAGUAUUGGUCGUAAAUCCCAUGGAAGUAGUCAAGAUUCGUCUGCAGGCAAAUCGGGCCAAUAUCGUCGCAGGUACUGGUGUCGCCACUCCGCCAAAAUACAGAAAUGCGAUCCAGGCAGCGUAUGUAAUUAUCAAGGAGGAAGGCGUCUCGACACUUUACAGGGGGGUGUCCUUGACUGCGGCUCGGCAGGCCACAAACCAGGGAGCUAAUUUUACUGUUUAUUCUAAAUUAAGGGAGUACCUGCAGCAAUACCACAAUAAAGAAAGUUUACCUUCAUGGGAAACGUCACUCAUCGGAUUGGUUUCAGGAGCAGUAGGGCCCUUCUCAAAUGCACCCUUAGAUACUAUUAAGACACGCCUUCAAAAGGAUAACGCCACUAAGAAUCUGUCUAGUUCGGCCCGAAUUUUUUUGAUCGGCAGGCAGUUAAUUCACGAAGAAGGUUUCAGUGCGUUGUACAAAGGAAUUACUCCUAGAGUAAUGCGCGUCGCACCCGGGCAGGCAGUUACCUUCACAGUCUACGAGUUUGUUCGUAAGCGGUUGGAGGCAAUGGGUAUGUUUCGGUCUUCCACGCAGCCGAAACCACAAGCGCUGAAGUAA